AUGACCUUGUUAGAGGAGGAGGCAGAGGAUGAGGAUAGGGACAAAUGGAUUGUGUGGUUCGACAACACAUCCAACACAUUAGGCCAUGGAGUUGGGGCGAUUUUGGUUACCCCCGACGAGCAGUGUAUACCCUUCACAACUAGGUUUGGCUUUGACUGCACGAACAACAUGGCUGAGUAUGAGGCAUGCGCCCUUGGAAUCCAAGCGGCAAUUGACUUCAAGGUCAAGUUUCUCAAGGUAUAUGAGGACUCAGCCUUUGUAAUCCACCAGUUGAUGGGAGAAUGGGAGACCAAGGAUCAUAAGUUGAUACCCUACCAGGUCUACAUCCGGAAACUAAUAAAGUACUUCGAUGACGUAUCCUUUGACCAUAUCCCUAGAGAGGAGAAUCAGAUGGUCGAUGCCCUUACCACUUUGGCGUCCAUGUUCCAAUUGACCCCGCAUGGGGAUUUGCCGUAUAUCGAAUUCAGAUGUCGCGGUAAGCCUGCACAUUGUUGCUUGAUAGAAGAGGAGCAAGAUGCUAAACCUUGGUACUUCGAUAUCAAGCGGUAUAUCAAAGACAAGGAAUACCCACAAGAGGCUUCUGACAACGACAAGAGAAUGUUGCGAAGGUUGGCGGCCGGCUUCAUCCUGAGUGGGAAUAUCCUAUACAAGAGGAACCAUGAUAUGAUUUUUCUCUGA